GGCGGGUCUGGUGAGCUGGAGGGGUGGGGUUAGGGGGGCUCUAGAAGAGAGGAGAGACUCAGGAAGGCCGUUUGCUCAGUCUGAUUAUGGACCAUGUGCUGAUGUGUGUGCUUGAAAUGUUGCAAGUAACAAUUUGUGAAGACUUUGCCAUCUAGAUGCUUAACUGGAUUAAACGCCUAAUUAGGAUGGUUUGCGAACAAGUUGGAAUAAGUAUGGAAUCAAAGCAGCUAUUUCGUCCUCUCCCUAGAGGCCCCAGUGAGCAGACUGCACAGACCUUUGCCUCCUGUUUCUUUACACAGUGCAAGGUGCCAUGCAGAACACAGAUCAGGACUAAGGAAGCCCAUUGAAAAAUGUAUAAGGUACUCUGGUCAGGCAAACCAUAUGGUUCAUCUCGAAGUAUUGUGAGGAAGAUCGGUACUAAUUUAUCUCUGAUUCAGUGUCCAAGAGUUCAAUUUCAGCUUACCAGUCAUUUGACGGAAUGGAGCCCUAAUCAAUACCAAGGGGAUGCAGUGGCUUCUUUUGCUGAUGUAGGAUGGGUUGCUCGAGAAGAAAGAGAAGUUUCUACAAGAUUAAGAACAGAGGUUGGAUCAAAGCCGGCCCCUCCAGAUGAAUUUCAUUUCUUUGAGAAGCCCCCAAAUAGACACCUUUCUUUACCAAACCUCGCUCCAGAGGAUCCAGAACCCAAAGUGACAGCUUUAGCCAAUGAUGAAGCAUUGCAGAAGAUCAAUGCACUGGAACAUGAACUGGCUACUCUCCGAGCACAGAUCGCCAAAAUCGUGACUUUGCAAGAACAGCAGAGUCUUACUGCAGGUGGCUUAAGUCCUACCACACCUACAAUUGCCCCACCAUCACCUGCUGUUCCACCACCACCAUUACCACCACCACCACCGCCACCUCCUCUUCCUUCAUCAAGACUACGCCAAAGUGUAUCUGCUAUUGAUUUAAUUAAAGAGAGAAGAGAGAAGAAAACAAGUGCUGGAAAGAUAUUGAUAGAAAAUAGCCCAAAGAAACCUGAAGUGCCAAAUAUGCUAGAAAUCUUAAAAGAUAUGAACAACGUAAAACUUCGGUCUGUAAAAAGAUCAGAGCAAGAUGUAAAAUCCAAACCAGUGGACCCUGCUGACCCUGCAAGCCUUAUUGCAGAAGCUUUAAAAAAGAAAUUUGCCUAUCGGUACCGAAGUGACACUGAAACUGAAAAAUCCAUUCCAAAAUCUGAAUCAAAGACCACCUCAGAAACAACAUUGUUUGGGCCACACAUGCUGAAGUCUACAGGAAAAAUGAAGUCUUUAAUAGAAAAUGUUUCACAUUCCUAAGUAGACACUAAGUAGAAGGAAAAGACUAUUUUGUUGAACUGUUGUUUAUUUAGGGUUAAGUAAGACUGGUAGAAAUCAACAUUAUUUAGCAAAUCCUUGACUUUUAUGUUCAGUGGCUGCUUGUGAAACCAAAAAGUAAAUUAAACCAUGAUAAAAACACUAUUUUUUGUUUCUGAAAGAUGGUCUGUUCUGAAGCCACUCAUAGAAUAUGUGGAUUCUGACAAGUUUUCAUGUAUGUAAGUUGCUUGGAUUUAAAUUGUCCAUUCUUUUAAAAAAAAAAAAAUGUUUAGAUUUCAGAACAUUUGUGGAUAUUACUCUGAGGUUUUUAAUUCCUAAACACUAUAAUUUAUCUGUACAAAUGUUUUAUUUGCAUGUAUUUGACAGAUUUAAAACAGUUUGUGAUGAUGGCAAUGAAGUACUGUUAAGUUAUCUUCAUUCAUAUUAAAUAUUAAUUUUGUCUACAAUGAUGGAACAGCUGGUAUAACAUAAGUUGUUGCGGUGAAACAUUUAAUUUGAGAUUUGAAUCUUCUUGCCUGGAACAGAGCUCAAGAUUUACUUUAAAACUCUAAUUUCUUUCUCGUACUUGUUGGAAGUUAGAGGUCAGAAAGUUGCAAGAAGACAACUUAAUGCUGAAAUAUGUGUCAAAAUGCUCAUUUUGAAGUUGAAGUGGAUGACCUUGAAGUCUUCUUUCAUCUCAGUGCCACUCAGUACCAAGUGAAAAAAAAUGCAGGAGAAAGAGAAGAAUCAAGUUAGCUUUUGACUUAGAAUCCUUUUGUUUGUAGAGACCAAAUGUAUCGUGUUUUUCCCCUUUUGAUGGCUCAUUGUUCAGUAGAUGAAAUGUCAGCAAAAUUGGAGGAUUUCAGAAAAUGUAAUAGUUGUUUAAAACAUGAUGUUUGAGUGUUUCAGAAAGUGUUUGAUUGUUAGUGAACUUAGUAGAUAGGGAAAGUCUAGCAGUAAGAGGAAGUAAUUUCCUAUUACUUGGUAUAUAUCUGGUCACUGUAUUGUUUCCUAGAACAGUGUCAAAAAAACAGAAAUUCCAGGUAUUAAAUAUUAAACACUUUCUGCUGUUUUUAAGAUACAUUUCCUACUUUUACAGCCCUCAUGACAUCUUUUGUAAUGUCAACAGUGCUGUAUCUCCACUUGACAAACGCAGCUAGAGUCAGUGCUUGAAAAAUCUUCAACCGUGACAUUUUUUUUACUCACUGAAUUUAAAAUUCUAAUCUCCUAGGGAAAAUCCUAGACUUCUUUGAGAGGAGUAAGGAGAGUUUUCACUUUUAAGUUACUUACAAAUCUGUGCAAUGGCCUCUUAAAUAUUAAAGUUUAGUUGAAGUAUAUGCUAUGGUCUUCAAGGGUUUUGAUUAUUCAGCUUUAAUUUUGAAUUGUGACUACUCAUUUUAACAUGCAUUUAAGUUGUGUUGGUUUUACAUAUUUUAAAAGACUACCUAUCCUUAAAAAAUUUCAAAACAUCUAGUUUCGUAAAUAUUUUGGUCUUCUGAGAGGUAUAUAUUUGUACUGGUAUUGAACUUAUGCCUGGGCACAGAUUUAAAAGAUAUUACUAUUUUAAAAUAAAGCAAACUGUUGUUUCUCCUGGA